AGAAGUAACAGCAGCGAGGGAAGAGCCUGGUUAUUUCUGACUGAAUUCGGACACAGCCUCGCUGACAAGUCGCCAUGCCAAGCACCAGGUCUCAGUCUCAAAGUGCCAUUCCGUUUCCCAAGAAGAAGAAUGCUCAAAGUCGCAGCACAGAGGCCUCCCGUGCAAGAACCAAGUCAGAAAACUGCUCCACUCUCGCUCUGCCGCUCUCUCCGCUUCCCCUCAGUCCACGCAAACGAUUGGGUGAUGAAAACCUUUGCAACAUUCCUCAGACAUUAAGCUGCUCACCGCCCAAGCAGUCUCGCAAAGAGAACGGCCAGACCUCCACCCCUAAGGGGCGCCGCUUGCUUUUUGAUGAGAACCAGGCAGCAGCAACACCAGUAUCCCCCAUCAAGAAGGUACAGGAUCCUUAUAGACUGUCUCCUUUGAAAAGGGGGCAAGAGACACCAUCCGGCUCUCGUAACCACAGGCCGCAGGAAAGGAAGAGUGCUGGUGUCCAGCUAUUUAAACAGGAAGGUUCUUGCUAUCAGAAGGCUAAGCACGCUUUGAAUACGGCCAUACCAGAGCGCCUAUUGGCUCGUGAGAGUGAGACUGCAUUUAUCAAGACCUUCUUGACAAGUCAUGUUUCUGAUGGGAAACCAGGAAGCCUUUACAUAUCUGGUGCUCCCGGAACUGGCAAAACGGCUUGCUUGAAUAAGCUUCUGCAGGAGAGCAAGGAUGACCUCCAGCAGUGCAAGACGGUUUACAUCAACUGCAUGUCAUUGCGCAGCUCCCAGGCAGUGUUUCCGGCUAUAGCUGAAGAAAUCUCUGGGGGCAAAUCUUCACUCGCCGCCAAAGAUAUUGUAAGGAGUUUGGAGAAGCUGGUGACUUCAAAGGGUCCAAUCAUCUUGCUGGUGUUGGAUGAGAUGGAUCAGCUGGACAGCAGAGGACAGGAUGUCUUGUACACAGUGUUUGAGUGGCCUUGGCUCACAAAUUCUAGGAUGGUUUUAAUCGGCAUUGCUAACGCAUUGGAUUUGACAGACCGUAUUUUGCCCAGGCUACAAGCUCGACCUCGGUGCAAGCCACAGUUGCUCAACUUUUCUCCAUAUACAAAGGAUCAGAUUGCUACCAUUCUACAGGACAGGCUGAAUACGGUUUCAGGCGAUCAGGUUCUGGAUAAUGCUGCUAUUCAGUUCUGUGCAAGGAAAAUCUCUGCUGUCUCUGGAGAUGCUCGAAAGGCGCUAGAUAUCUGCAGGAGAGCUGUUGAAAUUGUCGAAGCGGAUGUCAGGGGCCAGACUGUCCUUAAGCCUCUAACUGAAUGUGCGUCUCCUUGUAAAGAAGUCCCAUUAAACCCUGUUCCAAAAAAGGUCAGCCUUCCACACAUCUCUCGUGUCCUGUCAGAUGUGUAUGGGGACAAGAUGGCAAGCCGUGAGGGUUCAAGCGAGAGUUUUCCCUUACAGCAGAAACUGCUGGUCUGUGCCCUGCUCCUAAUAACUCGGCAAAGCAAGAUCAAGGAAGUCACACUUGGCAAGGUGCAUGAGGCAUACAGUAAAGUCUGCCGAAAGCAACAGGUGCCUGGAGUCGGCCAAUCAGAGUGCCUGUCGCUUUGUCAGCUCCUAGAGACAAGGGGUAUUCUGGGGCUAAAGAAAGCCAAGGAGGCCCGGCUUACAAAGGUGUCCCUCAAGAUAGAGGAGCGGGAUGUUGAGCACGCAUUCAAGGAUAAAGUUCUAAUAGGCAAUGUUUUAAAUUCAGGCAUUUAAUGGCCGUUUUAUUCUACUUUUUAUCUGUCCCUUCUGUAAAUUUUAUGUACAAUUGUAUCCUCGAAUGUAUAUUUAGAGCUUUUUUUGGACACAUGACUGUUUUAUACUUAACUACAAAUACCUUUUCUGUGGGUACCUUUUUAUAUGGAGGGGGAAAAAAUCACAGGUUUUAAAGGACAGGCAAUCAGGUUUUUACAAUGUCUUCCAUUGCUUUGUACAGUCAUAAGGAUUGACGUGUUGAUAAAGUAUCUGCACAUGAAAUACCUCCUAGUGUCUGCUGUAAAUAGUAUGUUUUUAAUUUGCUGUCCCGUGCAGCAGAUGUUAAUGUUGAAGUAUCUGUAAGGUACGGCCCUGUUUCUCUCAUCUUUUAUGGACAAGGUGUCUUUAUGCCCUGGAUUUUACUUGCAUUUUAUUCAAGACUCCACUUCUGUUUUUAAUAAAAAUUAAAACAUU